AUGACAAAGGCCAAAAAAGGUACCUUCUUUGGUUGCAUAUUUUCACUAACAAUAACCAUAAUUCUACUUGUGAUUUUCCUCAAACACUCAAACCCUACUUGUUCCAUUGAAGAAUUUGAUGUUUAUACACUCAAAACUACCAAAAUUUCUUCUUCCUUAAACCACAAUGACACAAUCCAUUAUGACCUAAAACUUAAAAACCCUAAUAUAAACAAUGGAAUAUAUUUUGAUACCCUUAAUCUUACCUUCUAUUACGAAGUUGAUAAUAUCAAAAACAUUCCCAUUGGAAAAGCCAUGUUUAGCCCUUUCUAUCUAGGACAUAAAGAGGUUGCUCGUCGCGUCGGAAACAUAUUACCUAAAGUCGUUAAAUGGAAUCAUGUUAAGCCACCAUUGAUGUUUAGGGUGGAGCUUGUAACAAUGGUGAGGUAUAAGAGCUCAAUUUGGAAGAAGAAAUCACAUCUUGUUGUAGGAGCUAACUUGGAGGUUGAUGAUCAUGGAAGUUUAGUGAACGGGAAACAUAAUAAAGGGGUUGUACUUAAGUCUAAAGGUACAAGGAAUAGUAAUGGCCAAUUUGGGUGUGUGUGUAUGUUGUUGGGUAUUUUGGUGUUUAUUUGGUAG